AUGGAAGAAUACGACUACAAUAUAUUAUAUGUCUCUGGAAUAAAUAACACAGGACCAGAUUAUUUUUCUAGAUUGUGUAAUUUAUCUGAUGAAAAUUCUGAUGAUCUUUUAACAAGGGUUAAAAAAUGGCAAAAAUUUUUAAGUGAAAAAGAACUUAAAUUGUCUAAAAAAAUUAUUAAAAAUGGCAAAAGUAUUUAUUGUGAUAAAGAUGAUCGUAUUUUAAUACCUGAAGAUAAACAAUUGAAGUUGUUUAUGAAUUGCAUACUGACCUAUGCCAUGUAG